AGUGUGUAGGCAAAUCCACACACACACACACACACUCACUCAAACACCCACACACAAACACACUCACUCAAACACACUCACACACACACAGGUAAACCCAGGAGUCAUGUGGGCCCUCGUCCUUGUCUCGGCCGGGUCCGUCUUCUUCCCUGGACUCUUCCUGUUGUCCAAAAUGACCCUGAGACACAUGAUGGGAUGGAGCGAAGGGGAAGCUGCUGUCGUGUCCACACGGCUGGUGUCGUCCGUCCAAGCCGUCAUGGCCUCGUCAGCCGGAUCUGUCAUCAUCUCUUCCUGCAGGGACGUCAUGGAGGACAGACACUGGCUGACCGACUCCUACAUCCUGUUUGCGACACCUUACUUUGCCUAUGACGUCUACGCCAUGUUCCUGUGUCACCGGCACAAGCUGCAGGUCAAAGGUCACGAGCAGGAGCAGCUGUCGGGGGCUGUGGUGGGGGGUUACCUGCGCACAGAGCUUCUCAUGGUGCUGCAUCACGUCUUCAUGGUGACCUUCUGCUUCCCUGCCUCACUGCUGUGGAGACAAGGGAAAGGUGAUUACUUCCAGGGUGUUUUGUUUCUGGCUGAGCUCAGCACACCGUCCGUCUGUCUGGGGAAAGUCCUCAUCCAGUACAAGAAACAACACACACUUCUGCACAAAGUCAACGGAGUCUUGAUGCUCUUCACCUUCUUCAGCUGCCGGGUUUUACUCUUCCCCUACUUGUACUACGCCUACAGCAGGUACAUUUCCAUGCCUGUGUACUUGGUGCCCCUGGUGGCCCCGUGGCAGUGUAACCUGGGAGCCGCGCUGCUGUGGCCCCUGCAGCUCUACUGGUUUGCCCUGAUCUGCAGAGGGGCCCUCCGCCUGCUCCGCCGGCGCUCAAACACUCCACCCACAUCCUUUCCUCUCUCAGGAGGCGGAGACAGAAACUGUGCUGCAGCGACAUGAAGAGAGAUAAAUCCAAGCAGCUUGAACCCGACUGGUGGAGUUCACAGGAAACAGAGAAACACUGAGGGUCAUCAGUGAGCUAGACAGGAAGCAGAAAGAGGAGAGGUCAAAGGUCAUGAGCGAGAGAGGUCCAGUGACACCAACGUAAACACGUAUUGAGCUACGGCUGUAGGUAAAGAUGGAUGACAUGAUGGCUACGAAAACUGAAGCCAGAACAUAUGGAUCGAACCGACCUCCUCUAUGUUAGCCGAUGGGACACGGAACAAAUUAAAAAACCUCAGUAGACGUUUCAGGUCGUUCUUAUCUCAGUAAGUGUUUCUGAUUAAUUAUUGACAGCUGAGACUGACUCCUGAUUGGUUGGGUAGGUGAAGGGGUGACUCCUGCCUGGAGUUAGGUUUACUGUAAUGUAUUAUUGUCUCAAAAAAUACACCUGAAUAAAUACUUUAUACAUAAUAUGUUUUACCCAUGCGUAUAUUUCAGUCUGCACCACUUUUAUUUUGAAAGUUUUUACCAGAAAUGUGGGAAUAAGUCUCCUCUGACUUUAUUUUGAAACAUGUGUUGGUAUUCAGGUUUGUGAUUUGACUGCCCUCCUAUGGUCGUGAUGGUGAACUGCACCUACUGUUGAAUUGGCUGUAAUCAUAAUGUGCUACUCUGUGUUAUAAAUUAUCCUGAAUUAAGAAUGUUGUGGUGAAGAAAUGGAAACAUGUACAGAAGCAUGAAAAAU